AUGGGCAACCUGCUCGGCGGGGUCAGCGUGCGCGAGCCCACCACCGUGGAGGACUGCGACUCCACCUGGCAGACGGACUCGGAGCCGGAGCUCGAGGAGCCGGGGCCGGGCGGCGGCGAGGGCCCGGGGCGGGAGCCCGUGCAGCCCCCAGAGCCCGCGGAGCCCGCGGAGCCCCCGGAGCGAGCCGGCGGCCGGCCCCGCGCGGGCCCCGCGCCGGAGCCGGACGCCGAGGCGGCGGGCUCAGAGGAGGGGACUGAUUCCACUGAAGCACCUGCCAAGCCAAAGAGAAGUUUUUAUGCGGCGAGGGAUUUGUACAAAUAUCGACACCAGUACCCAAACUUCAAAGAUAUCCGAUAUCAAAAUGACUUGAGCAAUCUUCGUUUUUAUAAGAAUAAAAUUCCAUUUAAGCCCGAUGGUGUUUACAUUGAAGAAGUUCUCAAUAAGUGGAAAGGGGACUAUGAGAAGCUGGAACACAACCACACCUAUAUCCAAUGGCUUUUCCCCCUGAGAGAACAAGGCUUGAACUUUUAUGCUAAAGAACUAACUACCUAUGAAAUUGAGGAAUUCAAGAAAACAAAGGAAGCAAUUAGAAGAUUCCUCCUGGCUUAUAAAAUGAUGUUAGAGUUUUUUGGAAUAAAGCUGAUAGAUAAAACUGGAAAUGUUGCCCGGGCUGUUAACUGGCAGGAGAGGUUUCAGCAUCUGAAUGAGUCUCAGCACAACUAUUUGAGGAUCACUCGUAUUCUGAAAAGCCUCGGCGAGCUGGGAUAUGAAAGUUUUAAAUCUCCUCUUGUGAAAUUUAUCCUUCAUGAGGCUCUGGUGGAAAAUACUAUUCCCAAUAUUAAACAGAGUGCGCUGGAGUAUUUCGUGUACACAAUUAGAGACAGAAGGGAGAGGAGAAAGCUCCUACGGUUUGCCCAGAAACAUUACACGCCCUCGGAGAAUUUUAUCUGGGGACCCCCGAGGAAGGCACAGCCCGAGGGCAGCAAAGCUCAGAAGCCCCCUGGCCCGCCCACCGCUGCGCAGCAAGGCCAGACGUCCAUGCACAAAAAACCCAAAGAGUCCAAAAACGCCUCCUCAGCCGCGCACGGAGUCAGCAAAGCAGCCGAAGACAAAAAAGUGGCCUCUAAGGAGGCAGCCGAAGAGACGGACAAGCCCAGGGCGGAGCCAGGCAGCGAGGCCGCUCAGCCCGGAGAGCCAGAGCAGGACGGGGCUGCGGACGAUUCCAGUCCUCGGGCAGAACAGACGGUUACUCACCCCGAGGAGCAAAAGGAGAACGCGUCUCCCUCUGAGAAGGAUGAGGCGGCUGACAGCCGGAGCCAGGACGGUGGGAGUCCGGGCGAUGCGGGUGCCCAUGACGCCGCCGCGUUGCCCUGA